UAGAGUCGUAUCGCAAAUAACCCUGACCCGAGUUAUGAGAAGUAUUGCAUCUACUCCUCAGUCCGCACAAUCAUCAUGUCGUCCUUCAACCCAGAUGUCGACUUUAACGAAAGUCGUGGAUAUCAGAUCAAUAUAAUCGGAUGGGUGUUCACUGGUAUUGCAAUUGCCACCGUUGGUCUUAAACUCUUUACUCGCGGGCACAUGGCGAAGAAUUUGGGCUGGGAUGACUUUUUCAUCUUCUUUUCGAUGGGUCUCAGUAUCAUUGCUACAGCCUUUGUAUCGUAUUCGGUCACUCUUGGUCUUGGACGACAUUCGGCCGCCGUGGUUGCUGAGCAUGGAAUGGAUGGAUAUGCAUUGGCCGCAAAAUGGCAGAUCAUAGCAUUCCGCUCCUUCAGUUUCCCCAAUAUUUCCAUCGCAAUUCUCAUCCACAAUCUGCUGGACCCGAACAGAUUUCGCUCAAUCAGCCUCUACGCGAUGGCUAUUUUGCAGGUCGUAAUUGCCAUGAUAUCUGCCGUCCUUGUCUUCGUGCAGUGCAAGCCUAUAGCAAUCCUGUGGGACCCCAGACUGCUGUCUGAAGGUUCAUGCUGGAGUCCUGACGUUUUCAACGACUUUACGUAUUGGGUCAGUGCAUACACAACUGUGACGGAUAUCAUUCUUGCCGUCGUACCAGUCAGCGCGUUUUGGAAAUUGCAAAUGCGAACUUCGACCAAGGUGGCCGUGUGCACUAUGAUGAGCUUGACGCUACUCUCUGCAGUUGUCACGAUCGUGAAAGCAACAUAUCUGCAUUUGUUCACGGACCACGCGGACCCUCUUUACAACGUCGUAACACUGGUACUUUGGGGCCUAGUUGAACAAAAUGUAGUCAUAGUGGCUGCAUGUAUUCCCACGCUUCGUCCUUUCUUCCGCACAGUGUUCACCAAAGACUCACGGUCUGGCACCACGAGCGGCGGUUCUGAAAUAUAUUCAGGGCAUGCAUACAAACUCUCAUCCAAUACCGCUCAUGCCACUUCCAAACGUCCCGAAUCCGAGUCGGAGAUUCCGCUUGGUAAUCGCGAUGGUAUAUGGCAGACCAGAGAAGUCAUGGUGGAAAGCGAAGAAGACAACAUAUGAGCCGCGUCAGCGAGCGAGCAAACUUGAGUUCGAGGAUGAAGCAAUGCAAUGUAUAAAUAAUCAUUUGGGUGGCUUGGAUUUGUAUUUGAGAACAGACAUCUGGAAUAUCGGGUGGACUUUGUUAUUGUGAAAUGGCUGGGUGUUUCUCUUUCGCCUGGACAGGCUCCGGUGCUGGUGUAGAAAAGUUAAAAUUAGUGAUAUAUAGCAUAGUGCCAGGUAUAUGCCUAGACAACAGUCAAAAUCGACAUUGU